ACAUUUCCUUGACCCCCUCCUCCCCCUAAACGUGUGAUGGAAUUAAUGGAUCACCCCAAAUUGCAUAAAACCCCUUAGAAAGUAUUUUUCGUAAAAAAAGGUACCUACUUUAUUAAGCAUAAGUAUGUUUUAUAGUUUUAGGUCAUCAUUGAAUAGGUAUAAUACUGGCAGGAGCUAAAAUGGAUGACAUGACUGAUUUCGAGGAGCUGAUAGACCUUAACAUAUAUUUACUUUCUGACUCCCAAAAAAGCACACAGGGACCUUUAAAUGACGUCCUAGACGAAAUGUGCGAAGCUAUGGACGAAAGAAAUUUAUCAAUGAACAAUAAUAUAAACAGUAAUGGAGUAAGUAACAAUCCUAACGAUCUACACGAAAACACGAGGAACGUAAACGAACUAGAAAGUAUUUCAGUAUCUGGAUGCCUUGGUAACGAUAGUGUAGACAUAGAAAAUAAAGAUAGUAAAAAUAACACUUUUGAACAAAACAAUGAUAACAAUAGAACCAACGAAAGUAUCACAAAUGGCAUCAUAGAAGAAUUUGAAAGUAUUUUAGCAGCUACAUGCUUGGAUAACGGUUACGUGAAAGAUAAAACAAAUGAAAUUACUACUAACAAUGAAAAUGAGGUUAGCAAAAUAGAUGCAAAUGAAGUCAUCAAUUUGGACGAAUUUGAAGACAUUUUAGCAACAAAUUGCUUUGGUAACGAUUGUAUAGAAAUAGAAGAUGAAUGUGAAACUAACGACAUUGGUGAUACAGGUCAAUAUGAAGAUAAAAACGGAUUAAGCCAAAUAGCCUCAAAUGAUGAUUUAGAUGAAUUUAAGGAAGAUAGUAUUUUAGCAACUGAAUACUUGAAAUACAGUAAUUUAGAAGAAUUUGUAGGUAAAACUGACAAUAUCAAUAUGAUAAACGACGAAAUAAUUGAUUUAGACGAAUUUAUCAGCCAAAAUCUAUACCUUGAUAAAGAUAGCACUGGAGUUGAAAAUUGUAACAGUAAUACAAGUAUCAAGAAAUAUGAGAUUAAUAAUAUUGUACCAUACGAAGUCCCAAUAGAGUUAGAAGUCGAAUCUAACAAAUUAGUAGCUGCAGAAAAAUGUGAAGAAAAAUAUAUAAAUUGUGAUUCCGAUGAUGGUUACGAUUCGUCAGAUUUCGAAUUUAUAACGGAAGACGAAGCGUCGAAAGCGGGAUUAAUUACCAAAUUUGAUAAAAUUAUUAUCGACGAAAACAGAAAACAAAAUAUCGCAGUACAUGGUACAAGCACUUCAAAAAUAAUUAUAGGUAUAUCAAAUACUCGCAAAAAUGAGGCAAGUCCGUCAGACUAUAUAAAAUAUAGCAAAUAUAGAUACAGACGUUGGUACGCGCACCGCAGCCCUGAGCCCCACGUGAUACCCGAAGGUGAACGGUAUUUGGACAUGUUCAGAGGUCAAUAUGCCCCCAUAGUGCUAAAUAACCUGUUUAGUAUGGGGAAUAAGAAAUGUGUGCCUUCUGGCCUUAUGACCGCUGGGAUUGAAGACCCAGGUGCGGAACUGCUGUUUCGAGCUCCGGAGGAAGAUGUUCAUUAUAAAAAAUAUAAGGGCGACGCCGAUGACUGCCUUAAAAAGAUCCUUGCUACCUACCCCGCAGAGAAUAGAAGGAAGAAACGUAGAUAUUGA